UUUCUCACUCAAACACAACCACGACCAAAACUCUUCAUACCUACAGGCCAACUUAAAUACUUAAUAAAACCGUAAUUCGCUACAUUUCUAGUUGUAUUUAAAUAUAUUCCAAAUCUUAAAUUAAAAAAAAACUAUCAAAACUAUAAAUUAUGUUGUUGCUGAACACCAACACACAUGUUCGUUUUUUGAUUAAAGGGGACCACUACAGAAUAAUUUUGUUCUGUGAAACAUUAUUUAAUGCUGCCCGCUGUUAGUGUUUUUAGGUAAUUGUUUUUUGAGUGACAGAGUGCUUGUUGAUUGGUGACCUUUGCUAGUGUUAUGGAAGUUGAUCUUAUAUUAAAUGUUUUGGUAGUUUUAAUGCAUUUUUGAAAAAGAUGCCCUAGUGAUUGCAAAUUAAUGGUUCGGUUGAAACUGCUAUUGGCUAAGCAUUAGUUAAUCACAAGGUUUACAACAAAUAAUAAAAAUCAGCGGAAUAGGAACAGAUACCGAUAUUCACUAUACAAAUGAAACUAAAAUGUCUUAAAAGUGAUAGCGCAAAAGAAUCAUUAAAUCGGUUCUUUUAACAUGUUUAUUAAAAUGAGCAAAUUAAUAAUUUUCCAUUAGGUGUGUUCGACUUUAUGAUUAUUAUUAUUAAAGAUAUGCUUACGGAAUGGCCAAUGGUUGGGAUGGCCAAACAAUAAAUAGAAUUUAAAAUUCAAAAGAGAGAGAAAACAUAUUCAUAAAAUAAUGACAACGAAAACAAUCACGUUACAAAUUAAUAAAUACAUGGGGAAAAUUAAACGGAUCACAUAACAAUAAACACAAUCUUAAAAAAAAAAAAUCUUUACUGUCUAUAUGCUUUCGACUCGCUUUCUCUGUACUUCCGGUGUCAACGGUUUUGUUGUUUGCGUAGCUUACGUCGAACCACAGUCUCGUCAGUCAGGAGCGACCUGUGAGAAGAGACGAGGCCGGAGAACAUCAGUGCAGUAACCGAGUGUAUCAGACGCUGAGCUUCGUCGCGGAAGAACCGGUACCUUUCUCACCUCAAGCAAUAUAGACCAAAUCAAACAAUUUACAGCAUCAGAAUGUGUGGUAUAUGGGCCUUGUUUGGUAGUGAUGAGUGCCUUGCUGUUCAGUGCACUAAUGCCAUGAAAAUAGCUCACCGCGGUCCAGACGCUUUCCGCUUUGAGAAUGUCAACGGUUUCACCAACUGCUGCUUCGGGUUUCACCGCCUCGCUAUCGUGGACCAGUUGUAUGGCAUGCAGCCUCUGCGAGUCAAGAAGUUUCCUUACCUUUGGUUAUGUUACAACGGAGAGAUAUACAACCACAUCAGGCUGAAGAACAAGUUUGAGUUUGAGUAUCAGACUAAAGUUGACGGCGAGAUCCUUCUGCACCUGUAUGAUCGCUUUGGAAUCAAGGAGAUGGCCUCCAUGCUGGAUGGCGUAUUCGCCUUCGUCUUGUUGGACACGGCUAACAGGAAGGUUUUCAUUGGCAGGGACACAUAUGGCGUGAGACCACUGUUCAGACUGCUCACCGACAACGGCUUUCUAGCUGUCUGUUCUGAGGCCAAAGGUUUGAUAGACAUCAAAACCUCCAUGUCCACUCCUGCAAAGAUCACAGCCUUCCUGCCGGGACACUUUGAAGUGUUUGACUUGAAGCUCACUGGAAAAGUGCAGUCUGUUCAGAUGGAUUGUUUCCACUGCUGCACAGAAGAACCCAAACACGCCGCCUAUAACAAACUGGAGAGUCUCGGCACAGGCUUUGAACUGGAGACAGUCAAGAGCAACAUUAGGAUCCUGUUUGAAGAUGCGGUGAAGAAACGCUUGAUGGCUCACAGAAGAAUCGGUUGCCUCCUCUCAGGUGGUCUCGAUUCGAGUCUGGUUGCUGCUACACUUGUGAAACUGGCCAAAGAAGAGCAGCUCCAGUAUCCCAUUCAGACGUUUUCCAUCGGUGCUGAAGACAGUCCAGAUGUUGCUGCUGCUCGCAAGGUGGCAGCGCACAUUGGCAGUGAACACCACGAGGUGAACUUCACACCUGAGGAGGGGAUCCGUGCGCUCGAGGAUGUCAUCAUUCACCUGGAGAGCUAUGACAUCACUACUGUGCGUGCCUCUGUCGGCAUGUACCUGAUAUCAAAGUACAUUCGUGAGAAGACCGACAGCGUUGUGAUUUUCUCGGGUGAAGGUUCAGAUGAGCUGACACAAGGGUACAUCUACUUUCAUAAGGCGCCGUCACCUAAAGCAGCUGCGGAGGACAGUGUGCGUCUCCUGAAAGAGCUUUAUCUGUUUGACGUGCUAAGAGCAGACAGAACCACAGCUGCACAUGGACUGGAGUUGAGAGUGCCUUUCCUGGACCAUAGGUUCACCGCAUACUACCUCUCUUUGCCUGAAGAGAUGAGAGUGCCUAAGGAUGGUGUGGAGAAGCAUCUCUUGAGGGAAUCGUUUAAAGGGUUGAACCUCAUCCCAGAUGAGAUUCUCUGGAGGAGGAAGGAGGCCUUCAGUGACGGGAUGACCUCCAUGAAGAAAUCCUGGUACACCAGUCUGCAGGAGCACGUCGAGUCUGUGGUGAAUGACUCUCAGUUGGAGGCGGCUAAGACGCUGUUCCCUAAGAAAACUCCCACAACCAAAGAGGGCUACUUCAUAAGGCAGAUCUUCGAGAAGCAUUACCCCGGCCGCUGGGAGUGGAUCCCACAUUACUGGAUGCCCCGCUGGAUCAAGGCCACGGACCCCUCGGCCAGAACCCUGUCCAUUUACAAGCCAGAUAAAGAGCAGUUAUCACAUUAACCAGACCACAUCCAGCUUCAGACCUUGCCUAGACCAUACAUUCACUACUGCAUACAUGUGUGCCAGUUCACAUAUUACCAGAAUAGAACUUUUGCCACACCUUUCUCUGUGCAGUUUACUAAAGAUUAUUAAUUUUUUAUUUUUUUUGUCUUUCCUAAAGAGAAUUGAGUCUAUUUUAGGAAAGCUCUUUAAAGAUUGGAGUGAAACCAUAUCUCCAGCUCAUGCAAUACUUUCCAAGAUAUAAAUUAAGGCCUCCAUUACACUCAUAUAUUCUUUUUUUCUUCUUCUUCUUUUUAUGGAGCUUAAAUGUAUAACUAAGCAAACCAAAACAAGUGUGUUAGUGUAGUUUGUUGGUUUGAAGGAAUCCCUUAAAAAAUGGCACAGUAACCAUUGUUUCUUCUAAAAUAGUUUUGUUACUUCAGUUAAACUGAUAACUUAAUAUUAAUUAAACAAAAGAAAUUCAAGCCAAAGGUACAGAAAGUCUCUUACAUUAGUAACAAGUAAUAUAUACACUACCUUUCAAAGGAUGUGUUUUUUUUAAUAUAUAUAUUAUAUCUAAAAAUGUUCCCGUGAUGUAAAGCUGAAGCCUUAUUACACCAGUGUCACAUGAUCCUUCAGAAAUCACUCUAAUAUGCUGAUUCAUAUCUUUGACGAGUAGAUUGUUCAAAAGAACAGCAUUUAUUUGAAAUGUGAAAAGUGACAAUGUCGAAGUCGUUACUUUGUUUAAUUAAAAAAGAAAAUAAUCUUAUUUGACCACAAACUUAUGAAUGGUAGUGUAUAUGUAUUUUUGGGUCCAGUAAUGAAUUUAAGUUACUAUGUUUUUGUGAUAUUCUGGACUGGAUACUGAAAUGUUGUAGGGUCAAAUUUUACAGCCUCUGAACUACUAUCUUUCUGUUCUUUAACUAUGCAUUUAUCCCAGCUUCCUUCAGUGGGAUUGACGCUUUAAUGACUGUACUUUUGUGUCUAUAGUCAGCUAAUUGAUGUUAGUAAUUGGCUGGGUAGUUGAAAUGCUUUUAAGAAGUUAUAUUUAUAUAUAUAAAAUUAGUAUGUUUUAUUUUUUUCAGAGAAUCGGCAUCAGAGUUGAAUGAAUGGCACUGGUUAAAGAACUGUUCACCAUUUAGCUUUGAUAAGAUAUGAUACUAAAAUUGGUUACAAAAUUAAUUUAUUGGAUUUUUUUUUCUACUUUAUAUUUUAUUUGGUGCACCAUCAAGUUUAAACUGACUUAAAAAAAUGAAUUAUAGUAAGUAUAGUAUGUAUUGUAGUUCGAAUGUUUAAAGAAACUGUAACUUCCUGUACUGAACGGUUUAAGGCGUUUUCAGUUCAGUUGGGUUUAAUGUGCAACAAAGGCUGAAGCGGUUGCAUUAACAAAAAAAGGUCUGGUCAUUGUAUUGAUAAAGCCUUUCAUCAAAGCAGCAGUUGUGAUGUGUGUUUUAUUCAUUCGUUUCAAUAAGCCUGCUUUCAUAAGGACACUUGUUGCUGGUUGAAAUACUCCAAAUGGCCUGUAGGUGGCG